UGAAUAUGACACAUUCUGGUAUCAUCGUACUCUCACUGACAUACUGUCAAAUUCACUUUGAAAAAUUUGCCUCGCUUUAACAAUACGUUGACAGAAUAGUGUCCAUAACUUUGCAUCGUCCUACGUUAUUGUUGUACCAAUUAUCAGCAUAACAACAAUGAUGUAAUAGCAACAUUGCAAUCACAAAAACAUAUCUGAGGCCCGAACACUCUGGUCGUGCGAAUAAGCACACUGGCGAAAGAUACAUACACACAUCUCCACCAUCGCCAUCUACCAAGCGAGAGAGAGAAACAACUAUGCCGACCCUAGUACUCACAAACUUCAACAUCGUGUGUGCAGCACUGGGAGGUUUCAUAACAGUCUUCGGCCUAGUAUCCUACCUGUUCAAAGAGAAAUUCUACCUCUCGGAGGCUUUAAUCUCCCUCCUCGCAGGCCUCAUCUUCUCGCCCCACGCAACAAACCUAGUCCGCCCGGAGGAAUACGCGCUCCACUCUGUCGAAACCCUCGACACCAUCACGCUGUACUUCACGCGCCUAGUCCUCGGCGUGCAGCUCGUGCUAGCCGGCGUACAGCUCCCGUCAAAGUACCUACGAACCGAAUGGCGCAGUCUUGCGCUGCUCCUCGGCCCCGGCAUGGUAGGAAUGUGGAUCGUAACCAGCCUUCUCGUCUUCGCCUUCGUGCCGCAUAUACCCUUCCUACACGCCCUGGCCGUCGGGGCAUGCGUGACGCCCACGGACCCCGUGCUGUCGAAUUCCAUCGUCAAGGGCAAGUUUGCGGAUAAGAAUAUUCCGCGCGACUUGCAGAAGAUUGUUGUUGCCGAGUCGGGUGCGAAUGAUGGGCUGGGAUACCCGUUUUUGUUCCUCCCGCUGUAUUUGGUGCGGCAUGUGGGGUUUGGCGGGCUGGGGCAGCAUGGCGGUGCGCGGAUGGCGGUGGGGUUGUGGUUUGGUGAGACGUGGGGGUAUACGAUUUUGCUGAGUGUGGUUUAUGGGGCGGUGGUGGGGUGGAUAGCGAAGGAGUUGCUGCAUUGGGCUGAGGAGCGGAAUUAUGUUGAUCGGGAGAGCUUUUUGGUGUUUGCUAUUACGCUGGCGCUUUUCAUCGUGGGGACUGUGGGCAUGAUUGGGAGUGACGAUGUGCUUGCUUGCUUCAUUGCUGGUAACACGUUUACUUGGGAUGACUGGUUCCGCAUCGAAACAAAAGACGACUCGUUCCAAUCCACAAUCGACAUGCUCCUCAACGUCUCCAUCUUCAUCUGGUUCGGCGCGGUAUGUCCCUGGGCAGAAUUCUACCACAACAGCGUGAUUCCCAUCUGGCGGCUAAUCCCCUUGGGCAUCCUCGUCCUGAUCCUGCGCCGCCUCCCCAUCAUCUACGCCAUGCACACGCACAUCCCGCAGAUCGAGCAGAAACGCCAGGCGCUAUUCGUCGGCUUCUUCGGCCCCAUCGGUGUGAGCGCCAUCUUCUACCUAUACGUGAGCCUGGAGUUUCUGAACCAGAUCAAAGUCGACGGGGAGGUAAGGGAGGACGCAAAGUUCCUCGGGGAGGUGAUGAAUGUGGUGAUUUGGUUCCUGUGUAUAUGCUCGAUUGUCGUCCACGGGCUAUGCAUCCCCAUGGCCAAAGUCGGCCUCUCGAUCCCCCGCACCUUCUCCAACGCCUUCUCCAGAGACACAGACAGCGACGACCCCGUGCCCUUCCACGUCCAGGACCGCGCCGCCACUGCAAACAGCGAUCAGCUUCGCCGCCGCCGAGGAGGCGCAGCAGACUUGCUUCCGCAGCGGGUCGUCCGCAUUGGGCGCUCGGUGAUGCGCUCGGGGGAGAACUCUGCUCGUCAGUCGCGGGCCGGGUCUCAGGCUCCGGUGCCGAUGACUGCGACUGCGACACUUGCUCAGGAUGGGGAUGGACAGGAUGAGGUGGCGGCUGGUGGUACAACGAGGGCGAUCCGGUUUCCCGAUGAGCGAGUGGCGGCUGCGCCGAGUACCUGAGUUAGCAAAUCUCUUCUUCAUUAGUCAUUUUUGGCAAGACAUAGACGCAAAAACGCGAGAAGAACAUGAUCCACGGGCAUGUCGACAGACGAUGAACAAAUAAAUAAAAUGCACAACUCACGUCUCCUAAUCUUCAC